AUGAUGUAUUCAAGAUUAAGACAUAAGCCAAUCCAAUACAUACUUGGAGAUACUUACUUUAUGGGAAACAGAAUUCUUGUAAAGCAGCCAGUCUUGAUCCCGAGAGUAGAAACAGAAAAACUCUGCGAGCUUAUCCUAGAAGAUAUGAAAAACAAGCAGCCUUUCAAAUUCCUUGAAAUUGGCUGUGGGAGUGGCUGCAUUUCAAUAUCCCUCUGCAAAGUAACCUUAAUUAUAGAACUCCAAUUGUGAAGGGGUAGCUAUUGAUAUCUCCCAGCAUGCAGUUUCCCUCACAAAGAAAAAUGCAAAACUAGUUCUAGGAAAAAAAUGGUAUAAAAAAUUAUCAGUCUAUGAAUCUGAUAUGUGGAAAUUUUCUCCUGGAAAUAAAUUUGACCUUAUUGUAAGCAAUCCUCCUUAUAUUCCUUCAUUAAUGAUAAAUGGACUUGAAAAACAAGUGAAGCUGUGAGAAGAUAAUAGGGCUUUAGAUGGAGGUGAUGAUGGGUUUAAAUAUGUGGAGUUUAUUAUUAAGCAAGAUUGAGUAAAAGAGAAUGGAGAGAUGUGGUUUGAGAUAGAUUCAAGCCAUAAGGACAAAGUGGAGGGAGAAUAUAUAGAAGAUAUAUUUGGGAGAUGUAGGUAUUUAAAAAUAAAAAAAUAAUAUACAAUGCUUUGGAUUAUUGUGGGAGGGUCUCCACAUGUCGGGAUAUUUUUCCGCAUGUGGAACCCAAACCCCACAUGCCACACUUGAGUGGCUCCAUAUGUGGUAUUUGGGUUCCACACAUGGGGAAAUGUCUCGACGUGUGGAGACCCUUCCACAAUAAUUCAAAGCGUUA